CAAUACUACUAAAAUAAUUAAAUGUAUGCAAAUUUGUAUCUAAUUAAAUUUAAUACGUCCACACAUUAGACAUAACAAUAACUGCACAGUAGUUCAUAUCAUACAUAUAACUAGAUGUUUACCUGUCUAUUACAUUCGAUUUCAAUAUCAAACAGUGUGCUGUUCUCUUAUCCGGGCUAGCAAAUACAUAUUAAUAUCCCGUAUAUUAAUCUCCCGUAUUUGUAUUCCAUGGCUACAAUUCCUCCACCGCCACCGCCGCCGCCACCGCCGCCUCUAGACCUUUCUAGGACACCAACCCCCGUUCCUCCACCAUCGAUAACUCCAGCGGCUGCGUCCGAAGCGUCGUAUCUCGCGCCAACCGAGAGUUUGAUGGCCGAGCAUGCCACUGCGACUGCAUCAGCGGCUGAAUCGGACGUGAAAUUGUGGGAAAGAGCGUGGACUUUAAAGGAACUUCGAAACGGUUGUACGGAAUGGACUCUAGCGUCGGACGCAGGAUUGCUGCAGUUUCUACAAGAAUACUCUCAACGUUUGACGGCACGAACUCACGACAUCGAGAAGCAAGUAGACGGUCUUGUACAAGAAACGGAGGCGUCGCAGACACGUGUUCAAAAUGUCUUCAAUGAGUUCCUGAUGUUGUCCAACACACAGUUUGUUGAAAGCCGAGUCUACGAUGAAGAGGAACGACGAGAAGAAGACGACCCGAGUGCAGCAAAACCGAAAAAGAAUGAACCAGAAAAGACGCGAGAACAGAUUGAGGCUGAGGUUGUACCGCGUAUUACUGAGGCUUUACGGUUCGGUCUCAACGUGUUGGAAAAUGCAUUUGAAAAGAUAGAAGGGCUGGAGUAUGACGCUUCAUCGGACGAAGAAGGUGAGGAAGGAGUGAAGCAUGCUGUGGAGCCAAUACUAGUGCCGAAGGAUCCGUAUGUAAUGCGUCCACUUCCUUACCUCAUUGGAUCAAUGAAGUUUCUACAAAACGACGACGUCGGCAUCGGUGAACCUGAAAGUGAAGAUGAGGAGGAAGAUGACAAAGAAGUAGACGACGAAGAAUCAUCAGAUUCAUCAUCAGGGUCGUCAUCAUCGUCGGAGGAGGAGAGUAGUUCAGAGGGAGGCGAGGAAAAAUCGAAAAAGAAGAAGAAGAAGAAGGAACGAAAGGAAUCGGAUAGUAGUGACGAUCUGUUUGCCGUUCAUUCUGGGGGAUCCGAAACUUUCAGCUCUGAUGACGAGAAGAGUGACAAGUCAACGUCUGAUGAAGAGAAAGACUCAAACGAAGAAGACGACGAGGCAAAAGCAGCAACAGGCGAUGGUACAUUUGCUGCAGAAUUGGCCGCUCGGAUUGGAGCAGCGAUACCAUCGGCUGUCAAAGAGGAGGAUGCCGAAGCCAACUCUGAAGGCGAAAAAUCUAAGCCCGUCUCAAAGGAGGACAAAAAGAAAAGGAAGAAGAAGGACAAAAGGAAACGAGGGAAGAGCACCGACUCGGGAGGAUUGUUUGACAAGCCGCCUGAUGAUGAGUUUGAAGGUUCGGUGUUUGGUAAGAGUGACGGACUGUUUAGUACGAAAGGUGGAGGAGGCUUGUUUGAUGCAUCAGAUGAUGAGGACGGCAUGUUUGGUGACAAAACCGCAAACACUCCUGAACCAACAAAACCAGCAAAGUCAUCUCCACGUAGUGCAAAGAAACCUCCGCCUGGUGCCGUUCCACUCUUUGCAGGAAAUCUCUUUGGUACAGUGGACGAGGAUGAUGAGCCAUCUGAAGAGGCGGCUGUAGAGAAGGCUCCUGUUGUCAAGGAUACUUCGUCACGAGAAAAACGAGGAGGAGGAGGAGGUUUAUUUGAUGCAAGUGAGGAAGACGAUGACAAUGACAUCUUCAAUACGGCGCCAAAAUCGAAUGCAACGAAAGCACCAGUUGUUGAGGAUGAGCCACCGAAGAAGGCUUCAGGUUUGCUAUUUGAUGCCGAAGAUGAGGAAGCGGAUCUCUUCGCUGUGAAAGCAUCGAGUAAACCGGUAGAAGUGAAGCCAGACAACAAAGGAAAGAAGCCUCCUGCAGGCGGUGUGUCAUUAUUUGGUGGAUUGAUGUCUCCUGGUGAAGAAGAGGAUGAUCUCUUCGCUACAAUGCCUUCACAAGCUGUGGCUGCAGCAUCGAAAUCAUCAACCACUGCAGCCAAGUCUAUCGUACCAGUCGGCCUAUUUGACGACGAAGACGACGAUGAAGAUAUAUUUUCUACCAAACCCACCACGUCAAACAAAGCACCAAUAACCAGACAAUCCCCAUCACAACAAUCACCAACAACAAUGAAGAAGAAACCUGUCGGUGGCGUUUCCUUAUUUGGAGGAGCCGACCUGUUUGGAAAGAAAUCACAAAAAGACGAGCCACAGAAACAACCAGAACCGGACAGACUAACAGAGAAAAUGGUAGAAAAUGAGGAGGAAGACGAUUUGUUCAGUGAAAAAAGACCGAAAUCAAACAAACCAAGAACAGAACCGGUACGAAUCGAAGACAACGAAGACGAUUUGUUCAGCACGAAACCCAAACCUGUGCAGCUUGCUCGACCAGCUGCUCAGCCAACUGCUGCACCCAAAAAAGAACGAGAUAUAUUUGAUGGCGACGACGACUACCAUGACAAUUUCUAUAUACAGACAUCGUCCGCACCGAAUUCACCGGUGAGAGAACCGAAGAAAAAACCUGUCGGUGGCGUCUCCCUCUUUGGUGGUCAAGAUCUGUUUGCCGGUAAACAAAGUACAAAACCAAAUGUAGAAGAAAAGACGGUUGACAAGGGACCGCUAGGAAACAGUGAUGACGACGAUCUUUUCUCAUCGUCUGCGGUGAUGAAACCAAAAGUGGAGAAGGAACGAGUCGAGAAAGGGCCACUUGUAGUCGACGACGACGACGACCUUUUUUCGUCACCUGUAGUGUCGAGACCGAAAGUGGAAGAAGAACGGGCUGAGAAGAGAGCGAUUGUAGUCGACGAUGACGACGAUCUGUUUGCAUCUUCAAGUAAAUUGAAAACCCAGGAAGCUCCAGUGCAGUUGCGUCAUGAGAAAUCGGUAGCUGCUGAGUCGUCUAGGCCUGUUGAUAGUUUUGCUCCCACUGUGGGAAAGACAUCAAGUGUGAAGGUGACAGGAGGAGGAUUGUUUGGGGACGAAGAUGAGGAUGAUGAAGAUGACUUGUUUGCUCCGAAGAAGCCUAUUGUACAGCAAGUGGAUGGCUCUCCUCAAUUGCAAAAGAAAAGACCUGUUGGUGGUGUGUCUCUCUUUGGAGGCGCCGACUUGUUCAAUAAACCCAACAAUCCACUUCAACAAGCACCAGCAAUGCAAAAACAAGUCGAGAAACCACACGUAGACGAAAGAAAACAACCAGAACCAAAGAAACAACAAACUGGUGGAGGAUUAUUUGGUGAUGAAGACGAGGACGAUGAUGAUGAUCUCUUUGCACCAAAAUCUUCCUCGACGAUGGCACCAGCAGCAGCACAAUCAACAAUCAGUACUAAAAAGCCGGUUGGUGGAGUACCUCUAUUCGGUGGCACUAGCCUAUUUGGAUCACCAGAACCCGAGAAACAAGUUGAGCCAAGACUAGAGCCAAAGAAAGCGAAGGGAUUGUUCGAUAGCAGCAGAGUGGAUGAAGAUUUGUUUGCAUCUGAAGCUCCUCCAGUUGUUAAACCAUCAAGUGUAACAAAGCGUGGGUUGAAUAUUAAUCCGGCGGCUUUGUUACCGGGUGCUCGUCCGCCUCAGAGAGCUGUGGAGGAGAAGUCUGUUGGCUUUGAUGCACCUGUGCAAGUUAAUACGUUGAAUACGUUGACAAAGGAUCGUUCUCGUGGGCAAGCAAGACGCCCACCUUCACGGCACAGUCGCCGAGCAGCAGCUGGUACAAAUGCAAUCGACUCUCCAGCAGCUCCUCAGACUGCUAAUCCUCCAGUCUCUACAUUCACUGCACCACCGAUCACAUCAACCACAGACGAUGAUCUAUUUGGCACAUUGAAUGCAGUGCAAACCAUUAAGCAACCCCCAGUUGACGACUUACUCUUUGAUACUCCAAUAAAGUCAAAGGCAGUAACUAUAGCUGAUCUAGAUGAUGAUGAUAUCUUUUCUACAAAACCUUUAUCCACACCACAGUCGAAGAUCACAACUUCCAUAGUAAACACAGAAGAUAUAGGAAUCACAGAAGCAACUGCAGUAGUAGACUCUGCUCCUAAAGAUGACUUAUUUGAUGACGAGAUUGAAACGAAAGUCACCAAGAAAUCGCCGAAAUUUGUUGGUCCGAGUGAUGCUGACCUAUUUGGUGAUACCGGUGACAUAUUUGCAGGUGUGCCGUCGAAGUCGAAAAUAGCAACGAAGAAGACGUCAAAGAAGAAGAAGAAGGUUGUGCAGAAGGAGGCAUCGCCUGCUGCUGUGGCAGAUCCAGAUGAAGCUUCUAUCUCUGAGCAGCCAGCUGCCAAGGCCAAGAAGAAAGUGACAAAGAAAACAGGUACGACAAAGAAAUCGGCGAAACAACAGGCAUCAUCGAUAUUUGAUGUGGAUGCUCCUAAUAUAUUUGAUGAUCCAUCAGCAGGAGAUACUUAGGUAGUAGUUGUUGGUAGUAGUUGUUGGCUUUGGUGGAGGCCUUCAUAUUGGUAUGAUUAUUGCAAAGUAUUUUUCAGUUGGUUUAUGGCUUUUGAUUCUAUAAUACAUAUAGAGUGUACAUGCAGA